AUGACAAAUUUUUUUUGUAGAAAACUUUUAAAACGAAAACCAUUUUUUUUUUUUAGAAAAUUCAAAUCUUUAAAAACAUUAUACAUAAAAAAUGUAAAUAAGUCAGUUAUAAUGAAAAAAAAUAUUAUAGAGAAUAGAAUAGAAAAUAAAGAUAAAGAGAAAGAGAUAUAUGCAUUAAACUAUUUUACUAAGUUUGAAAUAUUUUAUUUAUUUUUCAUGCCUUUUACAUUUGUAUCUCUUUAUCUAAUAUUGAUGUGGAAUAUUUUUAAGUAUAUAUGUGACAUUAAAGAUGUGAAACAUUUCUUGAAAAUCCUUCGAUGGUUAAAUGGGAAGGACGCCUAUCCAUAUGAAUACUGGAAUAAUAAAAAGGACACUACAAAAAGAGGGCAGUCAAUCAUAAUCGCAGAAAAAAAAUUCGAAUAA